AUGGAAGGUAAAUGUCUCUGCGGCGCCAUCACCGUAACAAUCAAUGACUCGGAACUCUUCUCACGUCCAAGAGGCCAUUUAUGUCAUUGUCUGAAUUGUAGAAAGACAGCCUCAUCGGCAUUUGGGAGUAACCUGGCAAUCGAGAGUGAAAAAGUGACGAUUAAAGGGGCGGAAAAUAUGAAUGUAUAUGAAGACUAUGAUACCUCGAGCGGAAAAUGUGUUAGGAGGCACUUUUGUAAAACAUGUGGAAAUCCAAUUCAAUCAAUCGCCGAAGCAUAUCCUGGUAAGACCAUUUUGAAGAUGGGAAUCUUCGAGAAAGUCAUGACGCCAGAAUGGGAAAGUUUCGUGAAGGAUAGACAUCCAUGGGUACCAGCAUUGGAAGGAGCGGUGCAAUUUAAGUCGGAAAGUGGUGGAGAGAAAAUGUAG